AUGCCAGGCCAAGAUGUGAUAAUGCCACCUGAUGAUAUAUUAAAGCUUAUUGAAAAAACUGCAGAGUUUGUUGCAGCCAAUGGUAGUGCCGUCGAAAUGAAGGUCUGAGAAGCCCAAAAAACAAACCCAAAAUUCAGUUUCCUCAGACCUGGAGAUCCAUUCAGGAAAUUUUACGAACAAAAAAUUUACGAAUAUGCAGAAAAAUUAGAGCAAGAUGAGGAAUUCGAAGAAAUUGAAGAGCAGUUUGAAGAAGCCCCGACAACUGAAAUCAAAGCUCCUGAAGUUAACCCAUUUUAUGUCAAGCAUCCAACAAUAGCCAAAGUUGAUAUGGACAUCAUUAAACUAGCAGCACAAUUUGUAGCUCGAAAUGGGAGAAAUUUCUGGAUGGGCUUAACAGAAAGGGAGAGUAAAAAUCCUCACUCCCCUCCUCUUUGGGGGAGCAAAAAAAGCAUGCUCACUUACUUACUCCCCUAUAUGAAAGAACAAAAUCAUUGGAAAAAUCCUUGCUUUUGCACAAAAAUCCCAUCCUCAGUGAGCGAAACAAAAAUUUUGAUAUAUAAGUGAUAAUUAGUAUAAUGAAAUCUCUAGCUAAUUCUGUUUAUUUUUAAACAGCUUGUAUUUAAAAAAUAUAAAUUUUACAAAUUACAUUAAUAUUGCUUUCCAACCUUUGCUGACUGGGAUUUUUUAAAAAAAUUUUCUAUUAAAAUUCAAAUCUAAAUCUUUUAAAAAAAAAUUAGCCCCCUUUAUAAGAGAACAAAUUUUUUCGUUUACUCACGGGGGGCAUUUAGGGUUUUUAUAUUUAUAUAAUAAAGUUAUAAAAAUCUUGAUUAGCAAAAAUUGAAAAUAAAAAAUUAAUUUGAUUCAUAAAAAUUAUUUUUAAAACACAAAUUGUUUAAAAUUCAAUUGAAUUAGAGAGAGACUUUAUUUUUUAUAAAAUUGCUUAUUCACAAAAGAUUUUUGCUUACUUGGUAUUUGUCUAAAAAAGGGAUUUUUCAACAUUUUUGCUCGCUUAUGAGGGGGAUUCAAUUUGAUUUCCUAAAGCCGAACCAUGCGCUCUUCAAUUACUUUACUUCUUUAAUUGAAGCCUAUUCCAGAUGCAUACUACCAAGGCUUGACGAUAUAAAAUCCUUACAAAAGAACGUUGCAGACAGAGGAUCAAUUCUUCAAAGAUGCAUGGACAGAUUCCAAUUUGAAAGAAACCAGAUAAAAAGUCAAAAAUCCAAGGAGGAAAUGGAAGAAGAGGAACGCCAGCAAAUGGCAAUGAUUGACUGGCAUGAUUUUGUAGUAGUAGAAACAAUAGAACUAAGAGAAGAAGAAGAGCUCCCAGCACCAAUAGACCUAAAUAUUGUCCACACUUUGGGUUCAAGGCCUUUUAUGCAAGAUAUUGAACAAAAUGUUAGAAAACAAAUCACAGAAUCACUAGAAGAAUCUGCCAAAAGAGCUAAAGAAGCACUAGGGGCAGGGAGAGAAAGGGCGAAAAAAUCUGAAAUUGAUACUGGAGCAGCCACUGAUAUAUCGAAUUACACGCAGAAAUGCGAAAAAUGCGGAGAAAUGAUUCCAAUUGAUUUGUAUGAUGAGCAUAUUAAGCUGGAGCUGCUUGAUCCCAAAUACAAAAAAGAAAGAGAAGCUGCAAGGAUUAAAGAAAAAGACCAUGUUUUUGCUGCAAAUUCAGAAAUAUAUCAGAAUCUUAAAAACAUGAUGAAGAAUAGAGCUGAAGCGAUGGGAGAUUUUGAAGAAAAUAAAGAAGAGCCAGGAGAAAUAAGCGCUGCAAAGCAGCGCAAUGAGCUGACUGCUAUGAGUUCAGCUAAUAUUUCACAGUUAAUUCAAGAACUUAAAAAAUCACAGCCUGCAAUGCCUGCAGCUAAAGAAGUUCCAAAGUUUGUGCCCCCGCCACCUCCACCUCCAAGUGGUCAGAUGAUAAAUCCACUAGAAGGCUAUGUACCUCCUCCUUCAAUGGUGCAGCCUCUUGCAGGUCCAAGCUAUCAGGCUGCUGCUGUAAUGGAACGAACUCCUUAUAGACUCCACGAAGAAACUCGAAGCAGCCUAGUUCCAGAGCAGCAAUGGGCAAAAAUGCAUCCAGGGACUUCUUCAAUACACAUAAGAGUCCCUGACGACGGUGGAGACAACCAAUGGGGCUUUAAAGGCCAGAUAAUCCAGCUUAGCGUUGAUUUGUUGCAGUCAAUCCAAAGCAUCAAACAAAUGCUAUCAGGGAUUCUUGGAGGCAUGCCUCCUCAAAAAAUGAAAUUUAAAACUCAUGUGCACAGCGUAUUAAAAGAUCAAGACACCUUAGCUAAAUACAACAUUUCAAACGGCGCUAUGAUUGAAUUAGCAUUAAAAGAAAGAGGAGGUCGUAAAAGAGGUUAA